AUGCUCUAUUUUCUGCUUGCAUCCUACCUCAACGCAUCAACGAGUCAAUAUCACAGAAAUAUGCAGCUUCUCUACACGGUUUACUUGGCAAUGUACCAAAUUCAUGCGACAAGUCGACUCAUUCAAUUGUUGGCCAAUUUCAAAUACGAAUACGAGCUGGGUAAGUAUAUAGGAAUGACGCAGAGUGCCCUAAUCAACUCAUUAGGAUCGGAAGAUAACGAUAAAAAGCGAAAAACUCUUGAGUGAUUACUAGAAACUCUCAGAAACGUUCGAGGCACGUUCAGUUCGCGUUGCACAGAUCCGAGAAAUGUUUAGUUUAUUCGAAAAAUUUUUUAUUUUGAACGGCUUUUACAGAUUUUACAAAAGCGGCUUAACGAAUAAGUGAACUUUUUAAAAUUUUUAACUUUCGAAAUUUUAUUGAAUGUUAAAAUUUGAAAAUUCCAGAAACCCGAUUCCCCGACCUUUUAAUUGUAACUUCUUACAUUCGACUGUUCAUUGCAAGCAUCGGUUAGUUGUUUCUUACUCGAAAACUUUAGAAAGUCUGUUUUCUCUGCGCUCUAGCUUUCACUUCGUACCUCCCUAUUUCUGUGACCUACCCGGUGAGAGAAAAAGAGGGCGCAGACAGGUCAGAGAGUGAAUCGUCGCAAUUGCACAAAACUUUAUUUCAAGUACAAUUUACAGCUUUCACAAUAAUCAUGGGCUUCAUAUUCGAACGCGCAUGUGCAACUUACUACAUAGGAGUCUACGAAGCAACAAGACAUGCCUGGAUUUUCAGGUAUUUUUUAUUUUUCCAUAGACGAGCAAAGUUGCAAGAAUUGAAAUUAGUUUUAUUCAACUCAAAGAUCGGCCCAAUUCAAAAAUCUAGAAAAUCAAAAUAACUACUCUGCAAACAAUUUUGACGUAAUCAGUCAAAAAACCAGAAAUAAGAAGAUUUUCCAGGCUUAUUUGUGUGCUGCUCGUGUUGAACGGGGCCGCGUCAACUAUAUUAUUUCAUCAAGGAAAAGGUUUAAGAAAAAUAUGAAUUAAAUUUUCGAGAUUUGAAUUCAGACACAGUCAAGUUGAACGCUUUGAUAUUCAUGCUCCUCGGGAAUUUUUGUGACGAUUAUCGUGAGUUUUUUUCUUAUAAUGAAAUUUCUGUCUAAGAUUUUAUAUUUCAAAAAAACCGGAAACUUUUUUUAAACGAGAAAGUGUGGAGGCUGAAGAGAGGCCGAUAUUCUCUCUUCAGCUGCCACGCUGUCUCGUUCCCAGUUAUUUCCUGAUUUUUUUAUAGCCUUUCUAUAAUUUCUUUUUGGGAAAGAUUAAAGCGACUUUCAGGCAAACAUGGUCAUCGAGCGGAUCAAUCACAAAUAUUUUCGAGAAUGUCAAGGCGAAAAAUCGGAAAAAGCUGUGAAUAUUCGUUGGCCCAGCGGUACCAGAUCUCCGAGAAUAUUCGAACUUGCAGGGUAAUCGAAAGAAGGAAUUUUUUUCUUUGAAAUAUCCCCUUUCGUUCUUUUUUUAAUUUUUCGAAUAGGUAAUUUAAGCUGAAAAUGGUAUUCAAAAGAAGCUUGAUGAAGAUUCUUUUUUUUCAAGAACAGGUGAGAAAAUUUUCGAACUUUUGCAGGUUCUCAAAUGUGAAAAUGUGUCAAAAACGAGAUUUCAAAACUGAAAUUUACUCAUAAAAAGCAAAAAAGAAGGCCUCACAACAUUUAUUUUUCUAAACUUCAAUUUUCAGACUUUUUCGCAAAUCUUCAAGUGUAUAAUUCUGUCCAACGUGACGUGUAUCGUUGCCUUGGCGUGCGACGUCUUCGUUUCGACGCCAAGGUUAAGGAAUCUCACGGCGUCGUUGUACAACGUCGCCAGCCUCUUGUAAGCUUCUACUUUGCAUAAAAACGCCUAAAGAUUAGGACGAUGAAAAAUACUUCCAAAUUGCAACGUUGAAAUAUUCAAAUCUCCGUGUUCAACUUGUACCUUGCUUAUUCUUCUACUCCUUAAAAAAUUUUCAAAUUUUUUAAAUGGGUAAUUACAAAAUUCAGCUCUUAAAAAAUAAAUUUUUUGCAAACUAAUCGUUUCUUUGGAGCAAAUUUUCAACAUUUUUCAGUUACAUCUAUUCAAUGCCUACCGUCACCGUCAUCAACAGCCCAUUAUGGCAGCAAAAGCUAGUCUGGUUGAUCAAAAAGGUGCCUUUAGGAAAUUGUCACAACGUUUUGAAAAGAGUGCCUAUGACGACUAGUUCCCUAACUGAGAAAAUUAGACUCUUUUGCGGAAAAAAAAUAUUUUUGAAAAUUGAAAUAUCCAGCUUUCGGGUUUUUUUUUCUCAUGGAGCGCACAUGUAUGUGUAAUCGCCUCAUUUUUUAGGCUUUUUCCGCCAUCCAGUUCAAAAAGCCCAAAACAGAUGGCAACCACAUGUUGACGUUUAGAAACCCGAAGCUGAUAGAAAUCAAAACCUUGCAAGAAUUCUCUAGAGAGCGCAGAUUCAUGAGAUAAUGAGCUUCAUGCGUCAUUAUUUUUUUCUUGGAAAAUAAAGAGUAGACUAUAUACUUUCUUUAAAAUCCAGUUUUUCAGCUUCACUGCUGGUCACUAUCGUCAGUCGAGCCGUCUCGACAAAUUGCAUCAACUUUCGGCCAAAACUUGCUUUUCGAACAGACAAAACACACGGAUCACUACUUUGGAAUGCUGAAAGAGGCCUGGAGCCAGCAAAUUCCGAACCGACACAAAAAUUUCAGUUCAUCGAAACAAUUUUAA